GCUGCCAUGGCCCGCCUGGCCGCCGUGCUGUGGAGCCUCUGCGUCACCGCCGUCCUGGUCACCUCGGCCACCCAAGGCCUGAGCCGGGCUGGACUCCCAUUCGGGCUGAUGCGCCGGGAGCUGGCAUGCGAAGGCUACCCCAUCGAGCUGCGGUGCCCAGGCAGUGAUGUCAUCAUGGUGGAAAACGCCAAUUACGGACGCACAGAUGACAAGAUCUGCGACGCUGACCCUUUCCAGAUGGAGAACGUGCAGUGCUACCUGCCGGAUGCCUUCAAGAUCAUGUCGCAGAGGUGUAAUAACCGCACCCAGUGCGUGGUGGUUGCCGGCUCCGACGCCUUUCCUGACCCCUGUCCUGGGACCUACAAGUACCUGGAGGUGCAGUACGACUGUGUCCCCUACAAAGUGGAGCAGAAAGUCUUCGUGUGCCCAGGGACCCUGCAGAAGGUGCUGGAGCCCACCUCCACGCACGAGUCGGAGCACCAGUCUGGUGCAUGGUGCAAGGAUCCACUGCAGGCGGGGGACCGCAUCUACGUCAUGCCCUGGAUCCCCUACCGCACGGACACAUUGACCGAGUAUGCCUCCUGGGAGGACUACGUGGCAGCGCGCCACACCACCACCUACCGCCUGCCCAACCGCGUAGAUGGCACUGGCUUUGUGGUCUACGACGGCGCUGUCUUCUACAACAAGGAGCGCACACGCAACAUUGUCAAGUACGACCUGCGCACACGCAUCAAGAGCGGGGAGACGGUCAUCAACACUGCCAACUACCAUGACACCUCGCCCUACCGCUGGGGAGGCAAGACUGACAUCGAUCUGGCUGUGGACGAGAAUGGGCUGUGGGUCAUCUAUGCUACUGAGGGCAACAAUGGGCGGCUGGUGGUGAGCCAGCUCAACCCCUAUACACUGCGCUUCGAGGGCACGUGGGAAACAGGAUACGACAAGCGCUCAGCGUCCAACGCCUUCAUGGUGUGCGGUGUCCUCUACGUGCUGCGCUCGGUCUAUGUGGAUGACGACAGUGAGGCAGCUGGCAACCGCGUGGACUACGCCUUCAACACCAAUGCUAACCGCGAGGAGCCGGUCAGCCUGGCCUUCCCCAACCCCUACCAGUUCGUCUCCUCUGUGGACUACAACCCGCGUGACAACCAGCUCUACGUCUGGAACAACUACUUCGUGGUGCGCUACAGCCUGGAGUUUGGGCCUCCGGACCCCAGUGCGGGCCCAGCCACUUCCCCGCCCCUCAGCACGACCACCACAGUCCGGCCCACACCCCUCACCAGCACGGCCUCACCUGCAGCCACCACCCCACUCCGCCGGGCACCCCUCACCACACACCCGGUGGGUGCCAUCAACCAGCUGGGACCUGACCUGCCUCCAGCCACAGCCCCAGCCCCCAAUACCCGGCGGCCCCCAGCCCCUAAUCUGCACGUGUCUCCAGAGCUCUUCUGUGAACCGCGAGAGGUGCGGCGGGUCCAGUGGCCGGCCACCCAGCAGGGCAUGCUGGUGGAGAGGCCCUGCCCCAAGGGGACGCGAGGAAUUGCCUCCUUCCAGUGUCUACCAGCCCUGGGGCUCUGGAACCCCCGGGGCCCUGACCUCAGCAACUGCACCUCCCCCUGGGUCAACCAGGUGGCCCAGAAGAUCAAGAGCGGGGAGAAUGCAGCCAACAUUGCCAGUGAGCUGGCCCGCCACACCCGGGGCUCCAUUUAUGCGGGAGACGUGUCUUCCUCCGUGAAGCUGAUGGAACAGCUGCUGGACAUCCUGGAUGCCCAGCUGCAGGCUCUGCGGCCCAUUGAGCGCGAGUCGGCCGGCAAGAACUAUAACAAGAUGCACAAGCGGGAGAGAACCUGCAAGGACUACAUUAAGGCUGUGGUGGAGACGGUGGACAACCUGCUGCGGCCAGAGGCUCUUGAGUCCUGGAAGGACAUGAAUGCCACAGAGCAGGUGCAUACAGCCACCAUGCUCCUGGACGUACUGGAGGAGGGUGCCUUCCUGCUGGCCGACAAUGUCAGGGAGCCGGCCCGCUUUUUGGCUGCCAAACAGAAUGUGGUCCUGGAGGUCACGGUUCUGAACACAGAGGGCCAAGUGCAGGAGCUGGUGUUCCCCCAGGAGUACCCGAGCGAAAACUCCAUCCAGCUGUCAGCCAACACCAUCAAGCAGAACAGCCGCAAUGGGGUGGUCAAAGUUGUCUUCAUCCUCUACAACAACCUGGGUCUUUUCCUGUCCACUGAGAACGCCACAGUGAAGCUGGCGAGCGAAACGGGCGCGGGCAGCCCAGGGGGCACCUCCCUGGUGGUGAACUCACAGGUCAUUGCAGCCUCCAUCAAUAAGGAGUCCAGUCGUGUCUUCCUCAUGGACCCUGUCAUCUUUACUGUGGCCCACCUGGAGGCCAAGAACCACUUCAAUGCUAACUGCUCCUUCUGGAACUACUCGGAGCGCUCCAUGCUGGGCUACUGGUCGACCCAGGGCUGCCGCCUGGUGGAGUCCAACAAGACCCACACCACAUGUGCCUGCAGCCACCUCACCAACUUUGCCGUGCUCAUGGCUCACCGUGAGAUCUACCAGGGCCGCAUCAACGAGCUGCUGCUGUCAGUCAUCACCUGGGUAGGCAUCGUGAUCUCCCUGGUCUGCUUGGCCAUCUGCAUCUCCACCUUCUGCUUCCUGCGGGGACUGCAGACUGACCGCAAUACCAUCCACAAGAACCUGUGCAUCAACCUCUUCCUGGCUGAGCUGCUCUUCCUGGUUGGCAUAGACAAGACUCAGUAUGAGAUUGCCUGCCCCAUCUUCGCUGGCCUGCUGCACUACUUUUUCCUGGCUGCCUUUUCCUGGCUGUGCCUGGAGGGUGUGCACCUCUAUCUGCUGCUGGUAGAGGUGUUUGAGAGCGAGUACUCCCGCACCAAGUACUACUACCUAGGUGGCUACUGCUUCCCAGCCCUGGUGGUAGGCAUCGCGGCUGCCAUUGACUACCGCAGCUAUGGCACCGAGAAGGCUUGCUGGCUCCGAGUGGAUAAUUAUUUCAUCUGGAGCUUCAUUGGGCCCGUCUCCUUUGUUAUUGUGGUGAACCUGGUGUUCCUCAUGGUGACCCUGCACAAGAUGAUCCGGAGCUCAUCUGUGCUCAAGCCGGACUCGAGUCGCCUGGACAACAUUAAAUCCUGGGCCCUAGGGGCCAUCGCGCUGCUCUUCCUGCUGGGCCUCACCUGGGCUUUCGGCCUCCUCUUCAUCAAUAAGGAGUCGGUAGUCAUGGCCUAUCUCUUUACCACCUUCAACGCCUUCCAGGGGGUCUUCAUCUUCGUCUUUCACUGCGCCUUACAGAAGAAGGUGCAUAAGGAGUACAGCAAGUGCCUGCGACACUCCUACUGCUGCAUCCGCUCCCCGCCCGGGGGCGCUCAUGGCUCGCUUAAGACCUCAGCCAUGCGGAGCAACACCCGCUACUACACAGGGACCCAGAGCCGAAUCCGGAGGAUGUGGAAUGACACCGUGAGGAAACAGACAGAAUCUUCCUUCAUGGCGGGUGACAUCAACAGUACCCCUACCCUGAACCGAGGUACCAUGGGGAACCACCUGCUGACCAACCCCGUGCUUCAGCCUCGUGGCGGCACCAGCCCCUACAACACCCUCAUCGCCGAGUCAGUGGGCUUCAAUCCCUCCUCACCCCCUGUCUUCAACUCCCCAGGGAGCUACCGGGAACCCAAGCACCCCUUGGGAGGCCGGGAAGCCUGCGGCAUGGACACACUGCCCCUCAACGGCAACUUCAACAACAGUUACUCUUUGCGAAGUGGGGAUUUCCCUCCAGGGGAUGGGGCACCUGAGCCACCCCGAGGCCGGAACCUGGCAGAUGCUGCCGCCUUUGAGAAGAUGAUCAUCUCAGAGCUGGUGCACAACAACCUGCGGGGUGGCAGCAGCGGGGCCAAAGGCCCUCCACCGCCUGAGCCCCCGGUGCCACCUGUGCCGGGGGGUGGCAGUGAGGAAGAGGCUGGUGGGCCCGGGGGUGCUGACCGGGCCGAGAUUGAACUUCUCUACAAGGCCCUGGAGGAGCCACUGCUGCUGCCCCGGGCCCAGUCGGUGCUGUACCAGAGCGAUCUGGACGAGUCGGAGAGCUGCACAGCAGAGGACGGGGCCACCAGCCGGCCCCUCUCCUCCCCUCCGGGCCGGGACUCCCUCUAUGCCAGUGGGGCCAACCUUCGGGACUCGCCCUCCUACCCGGACAGCAGCCCUGAGGGGCCCAGUGAGGCCCUGCCCCCACCCCCGCCCGCGCCCCCUGUCCCCCCUGAAAUCUACUACACCUCGCGCCCACCAGCCUUGGUGGCCCGAAACCCCCUGCAGGGCUACUACCAGGUGCGGCGGCCCAGCCACGAAGGCUAUUUGGCAGCCCCAGGCCUUGAGGGGCCAGGGCCUGAUGGGGAUGGGCAGAUGCAGCUGGUCACCAGCCUCUGAGGGACCUCAUGGACCGGGGCUGGUAGCCCAGGCCAGGGAGGGAACCCUGAGUAGGGCUCUGAGGGGAUAGGGAGACUGAAGGAGGCAGUGGCUGGUGGGCCACUCUCCAGGCAUCCCUUGUCUGAGGGCCCUUGAGGCCUCUUGGGGGCCCUGCUGUGGGGACCUGAGGUGCAGGGUUCACAGACUGGGUUUCCCACCAGCCACACGCACCAGCUUACUUUGGGGGAAGUGCCAUGAGGAGGAACCCAGAGGUCCCAAGGGGAAUAAGGAAGGAGAAAUUGGAAGGGUACAUCUCACUCUUGACUUCCCCCUCCCCGCUGCUCUUCCUAUCUGCUGGAGAGAAAUGAGGGCUUUGGUGUCCCUGGACCAAAGGCCUUGCUAGAUGGAACUUAUCAAUCUGCACCUCUUUCUGUAGUCAGAAAUGCUGGGCUGCACCAGGAGGGAGCAAUGGGGGCAGAAGGACAGAUGGACAGGUUCCUCCUGCACUACAGUUCCCUGCUCCCUGGAGGCUGGGGCCUCUGGCCCAGGAGAUAAGCCCCAGGGCAAGAGGAAUGGGCCUUUGUGGCUGGUGGUGUAAAGGUUGAAUUUUCUCUGAAGCUCCUUCCCUCUGCUCUGAGUCCCUGCCUCCCCAGCAAACCUGUCCCCUUUGCCCUCCUCAAGUGCACCCACUGACCCCCUCCCUUGGGGUGACUCCUGAUGAAGCACAACUCCCUGAAGGGCCCCCAGCCCACAGGGGUGGCCAUAUUUGGGCAGUUCCAAUCCUGUGGGCUUGGCUAUCUGGGGAGCAGAUUUUGGGUCUGGAUCUUUUUUUUUUCCCUUCCUCUUUCCUCCUCUCCCAUUGCUGUAAAUAUUUCAAAGAAAUGGAAAAGACAAAAAAAAAAGAAAGAAAAUCUCAUCACUUGAAGCCACCAGGAGCCUGCGGCCCAGCCAGCCCGGGCUUUCUCCGGAGCAGAGCUAGACCGCUGGGCCUGGGCAGCCUGGACUUCUCCGUGUACGUGUGCAUCCCCAGCCAGGUGGGCGGCCACCAGAGCAGCUUUUUACAAUCCAGAGACAGAAAAAAAUCUAGAAGCAACAGCGAAACAAAGAACCUGUUUCCUUCCAGGCACCUAUUUCUGUUGCCUCCCUCCCUGCUCCGCCUGACCCUGGCAUCAGUCAGCCCUCCUGGGGCGUGUACCUCACUGCCUGCCCCAGGACCGGGGACCUGUCUACCCCUUCCCUCCCCACUGGCCCAGGGGAGGCACCCCUCACACCCAAAGAUGCUUUUGCCAAGAUGGCUGUGCUGUCCCUUCGAGUUCCUGCCUCUUGUACAUUGCUUCUGGAACUCUGGGCUGGGGAUGAGUGGCUCAUUUCCUGCCUAGAGAGGUUGAUGGGGGAGGAAAAUGAGGACAGCAGGGUUUGAUGUGACUGAGGAGGGAGGACCAGGGAUGAUGAGGUGGUCUUGUUUGGGUGGGAGUGGGGGUGGUAUAGGGUGCAAAGGUGAAAUAGCACCUUCCCUACCCUACACCCUCCAACAGAGGAGGCAAAGCAAGAUACCAGGGCCUCCAGUCAGGACACCCAUGUUCCGGGGCUCAACCCUAAACCUGUAGGCCCUAAAGAAGUGUCAGGCUUGGAAUGUCUCCUGAGUACCUCUUCUGGUCCCCUCUCUAGCCUGUCACCCUGGCCCUCCAGAACACACACACACACACACACACUCUGGGGGUAGCAUAGUCCCAUUGCCACACUAACACAGCCCCAUAAUUGCCAUUUCCUCAGGGGUGGCUCUCCACCUCUGCUCUGACCCCCUCCUUGUCUUUUUUGCCCCUUCCUCUUUUCUCACAAGUGCCAUGAGUUUUCAAACAUCUUUGGGUCUCAGUCUGCUGCUACCAUGAACUUUUUGGGUUAAGGGGAAGGGCUCUAGGGAGAAACUAGAGAAAAGGGACAGGUAGGUGGCUGGAGGGGCCCUUUUUGCUGCUAGAAAGCCCCUCCCUUCUGGGGAGCUGAGGCUGGCUUGUCCCCGUCAGGGGAGAAGGGGUCAAACCAAAGAUGGUGGUUUGUCCUGUGUGGGAGUACAAGUGUGGGGAGAAGGCAGUGUUGGGUUCCAUCUCUAGCUUUUCCUGGCAGGGAGGCUUAACCCUGUUUGCCAGAAGACCAUGGGUGAGUCUGGACCCAGAGAAGUAAGAGUGGGGAUGAUCUCGUCCAGAUGGCUCUGUGAGGAGGAUGGGAACCAGCUCUGUGCCCUGCCUUGGUUUCAAGAGGGGCAAUUAGAGGUCUGCAAAGAGCUGGUAGGAGACACAGAUAAAUGGAGGAGUUGGCCUGACACCAAGAGGACUGGAAAAGUUAGCAGGGUGGGAGUUUCCAGGGGAACUGGAGGCAUGCAAGGAGUCCUCCAUCCUCUCCCUGCCUAGCCCUCCUUUUAUCUCCAGACACGGACAAUCAAGGGGAGAGAGGGUAAGUGGGUCCCGUGGUUCCCAUUCCAGCCAGGUUCACCAAGGUGAAUUCCUAGGCCUCAAAGCUGUGUGGCAGGGCCCCCUGGUGGGGCUGAACACCACUGCAGCACAGUGCAGAACACCACCCAGAGCCCAGGUGUCCAUCCCCGCACCCCAACCAGACCUGGUGCCUUGACACCCCCACCCCAGCUGGGACAGUAUAGAGAAGAAAGGGUCUUGGUUUCCUCUCCUAUUUCCUUCCUUGGAUUCAUUUGCUUCUCAAUCUUGUUAAUUUUUAUCUGGGGUGGUUUUGUUUUGUGGGUGUGUUUUUUUCGUUUGUUUCCCUUGCCUUCCUUACUGUGUCUCCACCUCUUUCCUUUUUUUUUUUUUUUUUUUUUGCUGUCUCUAUGUUCCUCUUCUCUCAAUUUCUCUGUCCAUUCGGGCCUCCCCUCCUCCAUGCUCCCAGUCCCUCCUUGGUCUCCUUUUCGAUAUGCCAAACCAAUUUUGGGUCGAGUGCAUUUAACGAGAACAAAACAAAAGGCUCAUAACAACAAGAACGUUUCAGAAAAAAAGUUUUAAAAAAUUGUUGAGUCAAAAAAACAAUAAAGAAAAUAAGAAUUUCUUGGAA